AUGCGGAUUGGGACCCAGUGCACUGCAAGAUAUACUUUGGGUAUGCUAUUCUUGUAUCUUCUUGCCCGGUUCUUAGGUCUAUAUCUGACUAAUGGUAGUCUCUACUAUAAUGCUUCGGUUGCUGUUUACGAUCCUUAUCGUGACGAAUAUGAGGAGAUCAUUAUACCUGGAAUCACCGGCAAUGACGAUUACUCCAUUACCGGUAUAGACUACGAUGGAAUGGGGUCGAUGUACUUUGCAGCCACUUCAUAUACAGCUUUCGAGGCGACAACCUCUGGAAACCCAGCACUGGCAAAUUUCACUGGCCCCAACAGUGUGAUUCGAUAUGAUACCAACGACCGUACAAUUCGCUGGGUAACGGAUCUAGUACCGCUACAGAAACAAGUAUUCCAACGAACGGGGAAGCUGAUUACCGGGUUCCAAGAUAUGGCAGAGGAUGGUCAAGGGAAUACCUACGUAAUUGGAACAUUUGGCCAGAUUAUUGUCAAGGUCAACAAAAACGGGACGCCACAAAUAUGGUACGAGCCAAAAAAUAUCAACGACACCCUUCUUUCUGGUGGUAUUGUUCGAUCGGGAGACAAGAUUGUCAUUAACGAUCGGGUUGCUCCGGGUUUAUUAACCUUUGACAUCAACAAGCCUAAGGGAGUCCCGGUCUAUGUGCAUCCAGAGGGAUUCCCGACUAACUACACUGGCGGAGGGGACGGUUUGAUGCUGCCGUCAAAAUAUGGUGGCAAGGUUAUCCUUUGGUCCGACGACUUUUAUGGCAACCGCGUGAUUGGGAGCAGAAAUGACUGGAAAACGGCCGAAUAUCUCGGUCUGGUUCCUAUGGAUGAAACCCUAAGUAAAGAAGGUGGCUACACCACAGGCACCUUUGAGGUUGGUCAAACAAUCUACUCUUUGACUGAAUUCUUCCAGCCAACGAGAUCUGUCAAGACAAAGCAGAAAUUCCUCAUGGUCGAUGCGACGGAACAGGUAGAUGAGCUUGUGAAGGCUUGGGAGCGCAAGACUUGGUAA